AUGCAUUUCAACCCAAGACAUCUCGUCCGCCUCCUGCAAGCCCUCCCUCUCACCCUCCCACUCGCCCUGACCAGCACCGCCGCCGCCGUCGCUCUCCCGAACCCAGCAACAACAACGACGACGACGACGCCGCCGCCACCCGACGCCCGGUACCCAACCCGUUCCAUCGCCGGAGUGUCCCUGAUCGACACGCCCCUGGUCCGCGCGGCGCACGACCUGGCAUACCAGCAGUACGGCGCGCAGCCGUUUAUAUACGGGCACGUGAUGCGGUCGUGGCUGUUCGGGGCGCUUCUGCUGUCGCACAACGGCUCGCUGGCCUCGCGGGUGGACCGGGAGGUCCACGCCGUCGCGGUUCUGCUGCACGACCUGGGCUGGGUGCGGGGCUCGCCGUUCGUGAGCCCGGACAAGCGGUUCGAGGUCGACGGGGCCGAGGCGGCGAGGGAGUUUGUGAGGAACUUCACGGCCGCCUCUGCGUCCGCCGAGGGUGUUGCCGUUGACUAUGCCGACUGGUCGUCGGACGAGAGCCGGAAGCUGCAGCUCGUCUGGGAUGCGAUUGCGCUGCAUACGCAGAAGUCCAUAGCGGCCUACAAGGAACCCGUCGUCGCGGCGACGUGUAACGGUAUCAUGAUGGAAUUCUUCGGACCCAGCUACGGGGUGGAGCAGGCCGAGUACGACGCCGUGCUCGCAGCGUUCCCGGCCGACGACUUCCUGCCCAGGACCAACGAGACGUUUAUCUGGUUGGCGGAGACGAAGCCCGAGACUACUUAUGAUACCUUCAUGCAGCCAUUUGGUGAUUAUUUCGUUGAGGGCUAUUCGGCGGUUGGGAAGAGGCCGUUUGAUAUCAUUGCGGGCAUCCAUUCAGAGCUGAAUGAGUAG